UGAUUCAGUUUCGAAUUUGGAGGAUGGGGAGGAGAGGCAAGCAGAAGAAGUUCAAGUUCGAGGAAGACGAAGACGAAGACGAACUGAAAGAGAGGGCUUCGAAGACUACCGUUGUGGUGAGCAGUGACGACGAAGAGGCCAAUGAAGAUUUCAGCCUCAAGAUUGUUGAGAAGGCUUUGAGAUUGCGCUCCGGAAAGUUGGUCCGCUUUCCCGACCAUAAUCAGGUUGGUAACCGUGAACGGAGUGGUAAUGGAGAUGUUGACGGUGUUGGAGUUGUCGAAGUGUCUUCGUCGCCUUUGGGGGAUGCUGACACUGGUGCCGGAACUAGCGGAACCAGCGUCGAUGUCAUCGCUGCUGCUUCUGAGGCGCGGGAAUUGGGGAGUAAGAAGUCAGCGAAGAAGAGGAAGAGGAAAGUUAAGAAGCUGGAAACUGAAAAGCCCCCCGUGGUUGUCACAGAAGGAGAGAAAAUCGAUACAAUUCCAUUGAUAGAUCAAGUUGAUUCGGAGGAACCAAAAAUUACUGAAAUCGAGACAACUCCAUUGAUAGAUCAAGUUGAUUCGGAGGAACCAAACAUUACUGACACAACUAAUAAUAACGUGUUUAGGAAACUUCUUCGUGGACCAAGAUACUUUGACCCUCCAGAUAGUUGGGGAGCGUGCUAUAAUUGUGGUGAGGAAGGUCAUAAUGCUGUCAGUUGCACAUCAGCUAAACGGAAGAAACCAUGCUUUGUCUGUGGAAGUCUGGAGCACAAUGCAAGGAGUUGCUUAAAGGCACGAGACUGCUAUAUUUGCAACAAAGUUGGGCAUCGUGCAAAAGACUGUCCAGAGAAGCAUUUGAAGGUUUCUUCAAGCUCAAAAAUAUGUUUAAAAUGUGGAGAUCCUGGGCAUGAUAUGUUUUCUUGCCAAAGUAGUUAUCCAGAUGAUGAUCUCAAGAACAUACAAUGCUACAUUUGUAAGAAAUUAGGCCACUUAUGUUGUGUGAAUUCCACCAGCGACACUUCAGUAGACAUUUCCUGCUAUAAAUGUGGACAGGCUGGACAUACUGGUCUGGCAUGCUCGAGAUUACGUGGGGAAGCCUCUGCUGCUGUAUCAGCCAGCUCAUGCUAUAGAUGUGGUGAAGAAGGGCAUUUUGCCCGUGAGUGUACAAGUUCCGCCAAGGGUGGCAAGAAGAAUCGUGAGGAAGCCUCUGGUGCUGCAUCACCUAGCCCAUGCUAUAGAUGUGGUGAAGAAGGGCAUUUUGCCCGUGAAUGCAUUAGUUCCGCCAAGGUAGACAAAAAAGCAGGGCCUUUUGUCCGUGAAUGCACAAUUUCUGCCAAGCUUGCUCAGGGCGGCAAGAAGAAUCGGGAGGAUGCCUCUGGUGCUGCAUCACCCAACCCAUGCUAUAGAUGUGGUGAAGAUGGGCAUUUUUCCCGUGAGUGCCCAAGUUCCACCAAGGGUAGCAAGAGGAAUAUUGAAGUAGCUUCUGGCGCUGAGUCAACUAACUCAUGCUAUAGAUGUGGUGGAGAAGGGCAUUUUGCCCGAGAGUGCACAAGUUCCACCAAGGGUUGCAAGAAGAAACGUGAUUUAUCGAACCCUAAAUCGAGGUCAAAAACAGAAAUGUACCAUAUGGGGUCAAAAUCUGCACCUCAUAAUCUUGCAAAGGCUCAUAGCAAGAAGAAAAAGAUAAACUAUGAAGAAAAAUACACUAACCUGCCUAGGAAGUCAGGACAAAAGGGUCGCUGGAUGAUGGAGGAUCCGGGUUCUCGCAACUUCUUCAAUGGCACAUCCAUGAAUAAUAACUGGAAUUCUCCCGUUACACCAUCUCGGUGGGAUCAUGGUUAUUAUACGGAAUACCCUGGUCAAUAUGCAAGCCCUCAAUUUUCUGGUCGCUAUGCAAGCCCUCCUCGAUCUUCCGGUUACUAUGCAAGUCCUCAAUCUCUCACAAGGGAGCGCACAUUACAUCCAGGGACUCCAAUGUCAUUCCAAUCCAGUAUAGCGCCUCAGAACGGAUUCUCGGCAUCUAGAUUUGGGGGCUUUAGCAAUGAAGGAAGAAGGAAAAGCUAUGGAUGGUGGUAGAAAGUCUUAUUUGAUUAGAGUGAUUGGUAGCUGUGGGAAAGAUAUACUGCUCAAAGAUUUGUUAUUUUGUCUAGUGAUUUCAUCGCAUAAUAUAAGAUAAUUAUGUCUUGGACGGUGACAUCGUGACAUCGAACACGAGCGACAUGGAGCAGGCUCAACACUCUUCUGCAUUGUUGUUGUACAUUGCUAUGAAAAUCUGAAAGGCAAAUAGCUUCUGCUCUGUUAUUACUUGGCGUUCCCAUGGCUCUUCUUCUGUUUCUUGUAGAUGAUUGAACUUGAGCUACAUCCUAGAUGUCAAUAGUUUAUUUUAGUUAGUGUGAAUUCCAGUAAUUUAAAGUACUAGUUUGUGUAAUGUACAAUUUCUGAAUUCUCCAAGGAAAGUUACAAAUUUGAUUUUUUAUUUUUUUUUUAUACUAGAAGAAACCAA